AUUAUAGCAACAAGCGAAACGAACGAAGAAAGUUCAAGAAAAAGAUAUAGAUUCUUUUUAGAAAAUGAAGAAGAAUUUAGUUUGGAAGUCGAAGACACUCAAACAAUAGCAACAGCUAUUAGUGAGAUAACAGAUACCUCCAAUGAACAAACCUCGAUAGCUGUAUACUUACCAA